GUCUUCUCGCAAAUGCCGGAGCGACAACACUUUUCACAACAGAUAAGCAUGAACAGUCACUAUCACAAGCAGCCGGCGUAAAAUGGAUCAACAGGACCAAACCGGUCUUCAAGAAUUCAUUCCCGCUUGCGCUGGCUGGUUUCCUUUAGAUCGAUUUAAAGCACUAGCAUACUUCGAACAGUCAUCAUUCUUCGCAGCUGCCGGGAGGGACGCGAAUGGACAGCCGAUUACAGUGAACAACACAGAGGCGCGGCUAGCGGGGCUGGACCCGGCGGUUCCAGGCGUACUAGAGAGCCUUCCCCACGGACGCCCCGAGUUUGUACUCGAAAACUCGCAGGAGCCCAAUGCGUUCACCAUUAGAAAGCAGAUCCGGACCAGCGCCAACCCUCAGGAGCGGCCGCUGGUGUUGGCCUAUUACUACAUCGCCAACAACAAGAUUAUGCAGGCUCCCUCCGCGCACCAGGUGACACACGCCCGGCUGCAGCGCUGCACCUUUGCGCUGCAGCAGGGCUUCGAGAAGCUGCAGGCCGACCUGGAGCCCCUCACGCGGCAAGCCAAGCUGCUGGCCAAACAGGCGGCACGGGAGCAGGCGGCGGCGGCGGUGGCGGCGGCGACAGCCGCGGCGGCGGGCGCGGGGGCUGCGGCAGCUGCACUCAAAGCAGGGCAAGGGCAAGGGCAAGGGCCAGCCGGGGCACAGGAGAGGAGAGGGCAAGGAGGGGUCGGCACGGCAGCGGGGCCAGGGCCAGGGUCGGCGGCGUCGGCGGCAUCAGGGAGAGGCGGCGGCGGCGGCCCGUUGCCAACCCCCAACGGUGCCGUUGACGCUGCCAGCGGACUGCAGUACACAGUGCAGCCGUACGCAGCGACCGUGGAUCUGGAAUCUCCGUCACUGGGCACGCUCCGGGCGCCGCUGGCGGCGCCGCUGCCCGAGGUGAUGGCGGCAGCCGCGGCCGCCACGUCAACCGGCGGUGGCGGCGGCGUGCCUGUACGGCGGCACCUGACGGACGCGGAUCGCGCGCGCUGGAACAAGUUGGAUCGCAUUCUUAGUCAUCAGUUCAGCUCGCUGCAGAGGAUCAAGUACACGGCGCUCCCGCCCGAGUACAUGCAGCGCCUGUACGGCAUGCCGCCACCGCAGCCAGCAGCAGCAGCACAGGCGCCCACGCCUGCAGCGGCGGCGGCGGCGCCCGCGGGCGGGAUGUGAGCCAGGGCCGGAGGGCGGGGCCCCGGGCUGCAGCCGCGGUGACAAGUAAACUCAGAGCAAGGCGUUGGACUGGACACCGUUGCUUUGAUGAUGCUGGAAGUCAGAUCACAUCGCAUGGGGGCAUGUUUGGCAUGCUAGCUGUUGUGAUUGUGAAACCAGGCCCGCAUCGGCACAUGCAUGACAGGGCAUGUGGGGGCGUGUGUGUGCGCGGACAGGACCCGCUGUGAGCAGCGGUGAGGGCACAGGCGGUAGUGGUGCUGGUGGGCAUGGAGUGGCGGACGUUGCGGUUGCAAGGGCCACACGGUGCUGCCCUGUGUCGUCAGCAGCAGCAAGCCGUGUCGUGCCGCGGCGCUGUGUUUGGAACGCGCAAGGGGUGAAAGCAAGAGGUUGACUUCGUGCGUGCGGUCAUAUGUUACGCAAGCAAGCGCUUGCCUAACACGUUUUCCGCC